GUUAAAUAUUGUUAAGUGUAUGUUGAUCCAUUCAUUAGGUAUGAAAUAUGUUAAAAUAUUUUUAAAUUAUAUAAAUCAUAUACACAUUAUGAUGAAAACGUUUCAGGAGUAAGCAUUUUAUUUAUUUUGAUUCAUAUUUUAUACGAAAUGUAUGAAAUAACUAAAGUGGUUAUGAGUCCAUCUAUUAACAUGACGUUGCGCGCGAAAAUCGAGCGAUCGAUUAAUCGUUCUGCGUCGCGACAGCCAAUGAUUGCAUCUGUCUGCUGCGUAUGCAUGCUGUGGUAGUGGAAUUGCGUUUUUGUGUUAUGCUUUCAAUUUCUCAUAAAAAUACCUAAAGAAGUGACGAAUAUGCCGAAGUCGAUACCUGAAAAGUGGUUGGAAUAUAAACCGUAUGGUUCAGUAAUAAAGGGUACAAAAAUUUUGCCGUUCAAGGUACCUCUGAAGGAGGCUGUGAGCAAUAAGUUAACGUCGGAAAAUCGAUUUACAACAUCAAUAUUGUUGGAAGCGUUUCCGCAUCUCAAGUACGUCAUUGACCUGACAAACACAGAUCGCUAUUAUGAUGAAAAGGAAUUCACAAACUCUGGCGUCAAAUUUGAAAAAAUUAUGGUACGUGGGAGAGAAAUACCCACAAUGGAUGUGGUGAGGAAAUUCUUUAAAACGAUGGAUAAUUUUAUAUCAGCUUGCGGCGAAGAGGAUCUUGUGGGUGUUCACUGCACACAUGGUGUUAAUCGUUCUGGGUAUCUAAUUUGCAGAUAUCUAGUACAGCAGUUAGGUUGGAAAGUUGAUGACUGUUUAAAAGCGUUCGAAGAGGCUCGUGGUUACCCCAUUGAGCGUGAAAUAUACAUAAGCGCGCUGAAGAGAACACCACGUACGAAAAUUGACACUUCGAAGAAUACUGUAUCGAAUCCUACCUCAUCCGAGGUAAUAAGUAAGAGAGCGAUGCGUUUGAGGUACCAAUCCAGGCCACCGUACACAAUGGGGCCGCCCGGUUUUGUGCCACCAAGACGCGACUUCGUAAAAGACGGUCCAUUUUCACCGCCACAUUUUGGUUAUGGCGGUCCUCCGCCAGGAUUCCGUCCUCCAGGUUUGCCAUCGAUUCCACCACCAGCAGGUCCUCCACCACUUUACGGCCCAAGGCCGUUCAGGUACGGGCCACCACCGAGACCAGCCAUGCCACCACCACCACCUAGACCAGGAUUCCCUAUUCCAUGUUUCCCACCGCCGUGUCCAUCGAGGACCCCUGGUGGCGGUACCAGGUUACCACCUCCUUGUCCACCGGCUCGAUUACCGCCCCCAAAGAUGCCACCACCUCCUCCGCCGCAGCCUGCACCGGCGAGACCAGCCUCCUUGAAGCGGAUAACAAACCAGAAGAGGAAAUCUCAUGUCAGAAACGGCAUAGUGUCGUUGUCUAGGAAUCCUGUUAGCCUAAUCAGACGAAAUAGCCAGACGAGUAGGAUACUCCCGAAAUUGUUGAAGGAACAGGACUUCACGGUAGAUACUUUCGAGGAGAAUUUACUGGCUGUGUCGAGCCAGUCGCACAGGCGACCAUCCAAAGGCAGAUUUAAUCAGAGCAAGUGACGAUGAGCUAUUUAGAUGACACGGUAUUAUUUUCUAAACGUACAAUAUUCUCCGUAAUUUGGCAGACUCGUAGAUUUUUCUUUCUUUAUUUCUUUUUCUUUUCGAACGGUGGUUAAUCGUUCGAAGUUAUUUGUGACGCGGGCGAAGAAAAAAGACGCGAACGUUGGUACGUUCGUAAGUGUUUUGUAAAAUGUGAAGAAAUUGUAUUUCGAUGGUCGUAAGACGUAUUUUAGUGCCCAUCCUGCGUAUCCUUCUAUUUUCUCUGCGUACAUGUUCCUUCACACUAUUUUGAAAAAUAACAUUCGUCAUUGAGGAAAAUAAAUUGAACUUUGUCGAUAACCUUA